CAUCCCUUUAUUAAGUCCUAGCAACGAAGCUUAGUUCACAGUGACAACAUCAGCUCAUGUAAUCGCAUCCAAUGCAGUCAUAUCACAUCAACACGUACUCUGAGCCCAAGGGCUACCAGCUGGGCGAGCUGCCCAAACCUGUCAUUGAGAAUGAUCGUGACAUAAUCAUCAAAGUGCAUGCUGGGUCUGUCAAUCCGGUCGACGUCAAGCUAGCAAGUGGCGUUAUGAAGAUGGUGUCUCCCCUACAAUUUCCGUAUAAAAUCGGUUAUGACUGCGCCGGAACUGUCAGCGAAGUUGGAUCGGCGGUGACGCGAUUCAAGGUUGGCGAUGAGGUCUAUGUCCGGCUGAAGAGUCCUGAUCGGGGGUCAUGGAGUGAGUACGCCAAGUCGACGGAGGAUCUUGCGUCGCUAAAGCCAACCAAUACGUCCUUUACCGAAGCGGCAUCUAUUCCCCUGGCAGCCAUGACUGCACUUCAAGCGCUCAGGUUGGCGGGUACUCUAGAGGGAAAGACCGUCUUUGUUCCAGCAGGAUUUGGCAAAAAUGUCUUCAAAGCUGGAAAGGUUAUUACCACAGUGUCAACUGCGAAGGUACCAAAGGUGAACGAGCUACUGGGUGAGGGUGUCGUGGAUCGGAUUAUUGAUUACACUAAAUCGGACCCUAAAACUACGAUUCCACCUGGCUCUGUUGACUUCAUCUUCGAUACCAUUGGCAUGGCCAUGCCCUACCUCUCUCUGUUGCGCCCUAAGACUGGUUUAGUUGUAUCAAUUUCGUUGCUUCCGUCGGGAGAUCAACUUGCUGCAUCCGGGGAAAUAAGUGUUCCUUAUAUACUUCGACAAAUUCUCAAUUUUGUCGAUGCGAUCAAUCGAUGGCGUGCGUCGUGGAGUGGUGUGAACUAUCAAUACCUGUGGCUGGAACCGAGUGGAAAGGAUUUGGAAGAGUUAAAAGCGAUUAUUGAACAGGGAAAGCUAAGACCAGUGGUCGGUACUGAAGUGCAUUACAAAGACAUUGAUGCUGUCCGCGCAGCAUGUUCUGUGGUUUUCAAUGGUAAAGGUGGGAUUGGAAAGACGGUCAUCUCAUUUGAAUGAGUUGAGAUAUCGGCAUUCGUUGACUGGUCCUUGGAGCUUAGGGUUAAUAUUCGAUGAUUUGCUAGCCUAAUUUCAAUGGCGCAAUGUUCCAUGUUAUACUUUUAAUAUGAUUCAAUGCUGAUCACUUUUAGUUAACUGCAGAAAUAUAAUUCCUCUAAAUACAGGCUGGUUCCUCCAUUGAAUCGCUGCGAUAACUAAUUUAACUUUCUAU